UUAUAAUAAUAGACAGACACCACUGUUUUCAGAGUUAUCUCAUCCUCUCUCAAUUUCUCUCUCUUUUUUUUGUGAUGGCCACCAUAGCUGGAAACGGUCCCCCUUCUAUCCUCAUGGCUACCCCGCCAUUGAUCCCCCAGUCAACAACUCGGGGGAGCAACAGCUUCAAGCUACCCUCAUUCUCGACUCACAACGUAACGCAGUUGCUUAAGUACAGGAAGGAAGGAGAGGGAGAAGAAGAUCACAAGAAGGCCGAAAAAGAAAUCAAAAGUCUAGUCAAGAAACUUAAAAAGAAAGAGAACCUCCAUGAGUUAGAGCGAGCUCUGUCAAGCGGAGGAGACAUACCUACUCGUUGUGUGACACUGCCCAGACAACUGGAUGGGAAAGAUGGAGCGUCAGCUCAAAGUAGACUCCCUCAUGUUGUUUACUGUAGAAUAUGGCGGUGGCCAGACCUGCAGAGUCAUCAUGAACUGAAGCCAGCUGAUGUGUGUCAGUACAGCUACUACAAUCGUAAAUCAGAAGAAGUUUGUAUUAAUCCUUAUCACUAUAUUCGGAUAGUAGCACCUCCCAUUAUGCCAGUCCUGGUCCCUAACAGGCCGACUCAGCAACCCCUCUACCAUGAACCACAGUCAACUGGCCUCCCUCAGAACAUUGACUGUCCUCUUUCAUCUGAUCCUCUACCAGCAGAGGAGACCCCUCCACCUGCUUACAGUGAAGUUCCCCCAGUUGAUAGUCCAGCUGAUCCUCAGAGUGUCUACUCUGGUGUUGGCUCUCCUAUCAUGUCUCCAUUAUCAGCUGCUUCUAACACUUCAGUUAAUCCAAUUGGAUCACCGGCUCAGUCAGAUUACCAUCCCAUUACAUACACAGAACCAGCCUACUGGUGUAGUAUCAGCUAUCAUGAACUAGGUACUAAAGUUGGCGAGACAUUCCAAGCCAUUCGCCCUUCGAUCAUAGUAGACGGUGGAACAGACCCUGGUACCACGGACAGGUUCUGCCUCGGGAAGAUGUGUAAUGUGAACAGAGACAAUAUUACCAUACAGGCCCGGAAACACAUUGGGCAGGGGAUCAAACUCAUGUACAUUGGAGGUGAAGUCCAUUUAGAGUGUCUCGGUAAAAAUGCCGUUUUUGUUCAAGCCCCAAACGCUAACCUCCGCAAUCGCUGGGAGAGUGCAACUGUAGUUAAAGUCCCUCAAGGCUGUCUCCUUGAUUUAUUCAAUUCUCAAGAUUUCGCUAAGAGACUAGCGGACGCUGUACACUUAGGCUAUGAGGCUGUGACCCAGCUGCAGAAACAGUGCACUAUUAGGAUGAGCUUCAUUAAAGGCUGGGGUGCUGAUUACAGGAGGUCUCAGAUCACUUCGACUCCGUGUUGGAUUGAAGUCAACAUACACGGGCCUAUGCAGUGGCUAGAUAAAGUACAGACCCAUAUGGGUGGGCCGAAUGGGAUCAUCCACUCAGAUACGUAACUGUGUAGCAUUCAUCUCCCCUCUAUCUAUCUAUCUCUUGUUGAGUUUCCUCUUAGUCCAUUUUAAUCUUUAUUAUUAUUAUUGUUAUUCUUAUUAACUUUGUUAUGAUUAUUGUGAGUGUUAUAGUAUGAUAAUGGUCAUUUUGUCUCUGAUAUUAA